AUGCUGGAGAAGAAUGCGACUGCCGUGAAUCCCGAGGAUGCAGAAUGCUCCGGUAUCAAGAGUGACGCUAACCCCGAGACGCAGCCGCCACCUCGCCCAGAUGAAGCGGGAACCAAAGUAGAAGAACUGAAGUCCAAGACUUCGGCGGUGGCAUUUCUCUUGUCGCCCGUCGAUCGCUAUGGGUUCCUGGUCACUGAUAAGCGCUACAAUGGUGGACAUACAGCCGCUACGCACAAGCACGCAGUGUGGCUGGAGAACCGCCGCACCCAGAAGUGGGUCAAGAUGAUUGGCAAACAACUUGAGGACUGGGAGGUCUGUCAGCUACGGAAUGCCGCUACACUUAAGAAGCGUAUUCGUAAGGGCAUUCCCGAGGCGCUACGUGGUCGCGUGUGGAGUCACCUUGCUGGGUCUUCACAAAUGCUACUGAACAACCCAGGAGCGUACCACCAACUAUUACAGACGACUCAGGUUCCUUGUGAAGAGACGAUCGCGCGCGAUAUCGGUCGCACGUUCCCCAAACACUCACUAUUUCGCGAUCGCUCCUCGCUGGGGCAAUGUGCUCUCAUGAACGUGCUUAAAGCAUACUCGCUGCAUGAUCCAGAGGUCGGCUACUGCCAAGGGAUGGGCUUCCUCACGGCCAUGUUUCUUUGUUACAUGCCGGAGCAGCAGGCUUUCUGGCUGCUUGUGGCAUGUCUGAAUCACAAACGCUAUGGGCUUGCAGACCUGUACCGCCCACGCAUGCCGAAGGUGCCUGAGGUGACUUUCAUCUUUGAGGGGCUCUUCAAGCAGCUCAUGCCCCAGCUUUCAGCUCAUCUCGAGAAUGAAGGCUUGCACCCGACCAUGUAUCUCACCCAGUGGUUUCUCACUCUGUUCACGUACAAUUUCCCUUUCGAGUUUGUCACUCGAGUCUGGGAUGCCUUCCUACAUGAGGGGUGGAAAGUUAUCUAUCGCGUUGCAUUAGCUCUUAUGAAGCUCUCACAGAAAACCCUUUUGAGCUCCAAGUUUGAGCUCAUCAUGGAAUACUUUCGUGAACUACCCAACAAGGUGCGUGCACUUAAAGCUCCCGGAGGCUGUAACUGUGCUCAUGAUGCAUUCAUGCGCUUAGGUGGAUACCGAUGA